GUCAGGGGAGAGAGAGAGAGAUAGAGAGAGUCGAGUGUCGGAGCGAGGGCGGCGCGGCCGGGCCCAGGGGCCGCCAUGGAAGCCGAGCCGGGCCCGCCCCAGCUGUGGCUCAAGCGGCGCCGCUGCCUGCUCAGCCUCGACCGCCCGCGGGCGCUGCUGCUCUGGGGGCCCGCCUCGGAGCCCGACCCCGGCCCGGCCGCGGCGCCGACCCCGGGGCCCGAUACCUGUUCAGUUCCUGUUUCUGAGAUUAUCACCGUAGAAGAAACAGAAAUUGAUGAGAAGCACUAUCAUAGUGGAAAAUGGCAAAAAAUGGCAAAGCCUUAUGCUUUUACAGUGUACUAUGUAAAGAGAGCACGGCGUCACCGCUGGCGGUGCAGUCACGUGACCUUCUGGUGCACGGAUGAGCCGCUCUGUAACCAGUGGAUACAAACUCUCAGAGAGUUGCUUGAGAAGCUGACAUGUAGACCAAAGCACUUACUUGUGUAUAUUAAUCCCUUUGGAGGAAAAAGACAAGGCAAGCGGAUAUACGAACAGAAAGUCGCACCGCUGUUCAGUCUCGCUUCUAUCACUGCUGACGUCAUCGUUACUGAACAUGCUAACCAUGCCAAGGACAGUUUGUUUGAAAUUAAUAUUGAGAAAUAUGAUGGAAUCGUCUGUGUUGGUGGAGAUGGCAUGUUCAGUGAGGUGUUGCAUGGUCUCAUUGGAAGGACACAGAGGGAUUGUGGUAUAGACCAAAAUAAUCCCAAAGCUUCGUUAGUCCAGUGCAGUCUGCGAAUUGGGAUAAUCCCUGCAGGUUCAACAGAUUGUGUGUGCUAUGCCACGGUUGGUAUCAAUGACCCAGUAACGUCAGCAUUACAUAUUAUUAUUGGGGACUCUCUGUCUAUGGACGUAUCUUCAGUGCAUCACAACAACGCGUUUCUGAAGUACUCUGUGUCCUUGCUGGGCUAUGGUUUCUAUGGAGACAUAUUGAGGGACAGCGAGAAAAAGCGGUGGAUGGGCCUCAUCCGAUAUGACCUUUCAGGUUUUAAGACCUUUCUUUCUCAUCAUUGCUACGAAGGAACAGUAGCCUUCCUCCCGGCACAGCACACCGUGGGCUCUCCGAGAGAUAAGAAGCCGUGCCGAAUGGGGUGCUUCAUCUGCAGGCAGAGUAAGCAGCAGCUGGAAGAUGAGCAGAAAAAAUCCCUGUAUGGCUUGGAAAACACAGAGGAAGUGGAAGAGUGGAAGGUCAUCCAGGGGAAGUUUCUGGCAAUCAACGCAGCCAACAUGAGCUGCGCCUGUCCGCGGAGCCCCAAGGGCCUGUCCCCAGUGGCCCACUUGGCCGACGGCUCCUCGGACCUCAUCCUGGUCCGCAAGUGUUCCCGGUUGAAUUUUCUGAGGUAUCUCAUCAGGCAUACAAAUCAAGAUGACCAGUUUGACUUUGCGUUUGUUGAGGUUUACCGGGUGAGGAAAUUUCAGUUUACGUCGAAGCAUUUGGAAGAUGAGGAUGGUGAUCUCAAGGACCUUGGGAAGAAGCGAUUUGGGCACAUCUGCAGCGACCAUCCAGCCUGCUGCUGCACUCUUCCUAACAGUACCUGGAACUGUGAUGGAGAAAUCCUGAACAAUUCUGCCAUCGAAGUCAGGGUUCACUGCCAGCUGCUGCAGCUCUUUGCCCGAGGGAUUGAGGAGACCUCAACACAGGAAGCCCUCAGCUGAGACACUGCUGCCGGCGGAGGCCUUUGGGGUGCAGCCAGCACUUGUAAAUCAUCAAACAUAUUUAUUAGAAAGAACAUUGCAGACCAAUUCUGUUGAUGCAUACACACAUUUGAAAUUUGGAAUUUAUUUUUGAUAGUUAAAUGUUGAUUUUAGAAAACUCUCUUUUUUCAAUGCUGUCUGUACAUCCUGAGCAUUUUAGAAGGUGAAUCACCAGGGGCCCAGGGCACAGGGAGGAGGUGGGCUGGCAAAGGUUUUCCUGAUGCCACUGCCCACUUUUCUGAGAGGCCUGGUGUAUCAUAGGACUAAGAUGAUGUGAAUCCCAUCCAUCCAGCUCGGGGGAAGGCCAGAGGUCAACAGCAUCACCUUUGAAUCCUGGUGAGGGGGCAGAGCCCCUUGGCCUCAGGCUGUGCAGAGGUAGAGUUGAGGGCCUUUGUUUUCCUCUCUCCCACUUCAGGGCAAAGGGGGUUUUCCUCGAGCCUUGCUGCAUCUGCAGUAAAUCCUGGCCUUUGAUGGAUCCUAGUCCUUAAACAAUCAUAAUUCGUGAUUCGUCGUCAGUGUCUCGACUCUGUCUUUCCACGGUGUUUUCAUGAGGACUGUUUCAGCUGAUGGCAAGCACUUGGCAGAAACAGGUCAUGGAUCCCUUGGCUCUUAAGGCAGAAAAGCAGGUGCUAGCCAACUUUUUGUUUUUAGAAAAACCCAACAACACUUUGGACUCAGAAUGUUGGUGCUUUGUGUUGCUGCAGGCCGAGUGGUUAAAAUAACCUUCAUUGUGCUGCUGAAGAGAAGCUCAGUGAAUCAGAAGUUCAUUGUUGAGUAGUUUGUUGUUAGUGUUGUCACAGCCUGCAGUCCGUUCUUCCGCAGCGCCUGUCUGUUUGCGUUACCUUUGUGUGGGGCUUGAUUGUGGGAGUCUCGUCUGCCUGGCUUAUUUCCAUAUAUUUAUUGGGAGUUUUGUCCUUCUCAUCUCCACUACUGUAUGUCAUGGGGGGUUUUCAGUGUUUCUGUUUUGUCUAUAGACCAUGAUUAAUUGUUCUUUUGCUGCCGAAGCACUUGGAAGUACAAUUAUCAGAGGAACCAGGUUUUUCCGGGAAGGCAUUCCUCCUCAAGUAGCAGCAUAAUUACUAAAUUGUGUCCUAGAUCAUUGUUUUAUUGUUAUUCAUAGUUAUGAAUAUGGUAAAAUGUAUGCAAAGUAGGCUCUUUGAAAAUACAAGAAGACGAGCUUAGAAUCGCUUGCGUGCGUUCUCACAGUGAAAUCCUUGACACAGCUUUUACAAAACUAGGCUCUUUUCUAUACUCCUCUAGAAUCCGUAAUGGAUGGGUUUUUACCGAUUCAAUUAGGUAUUUAGACAGAUUUAACAUACAUCACAUGAUAUAUUUUUAGAAUUUACUUAGAGCAAUUUAGUCUUUUGAAGUAGACAUCAGCUUAGUUGCAUCAGUAGGUCCAAUCCUGGGAAGGAGGGAAACGCUUGCAGUUGGUUCUUGAAAAUAUGAAAUUUUCCAGGAUAGAAGAACCAGUCAGGUGGCCUUCGGGCUGGAAUCAGAUGUCUGGAUCCAAACAAACCACUGCCUUGGUUUCCAGGAGAUCUUUAAGCGCUUUCAGCCUGCUGUCCUCUAAGAUCCCGAGGGCAGGGACCAUGUCUCCUAUGUCAGCAUUCCCUUCCUUCUUCCCAGAUCUCGGCGUGCCUGGCAUGGCCGCAGGUGACAGUCUUGGCACCCCUGUUUGUCUCGUUCAUCCUAUCCCUGCAUGGGGGGUGCCUCCCACAGAGUGGUCCCAGCUGGUCUUCCCAUUCUCGGUGACUACCUUUAGGGGAUGCCAAGUCAAACUCUGCACUUGAACAAGCUCUUUUUGUGAAAAUGGCAGGUCAACCUGCUUUAGGUCUUUCCUUCUGACUCCAAAGGAGUCUCCAAAGGGGCAUUGCCCCUCCUCAGAAAACCAAGCCUACCACUGGUCUGCCUUGCCAGUUUUAGGCUAACUCUCUAUUAGAGAAAGCACUUGGUCCAGAGAAAGGCCUGGUCCACAUUCCCUUCUUUGCCAAAGUGGCUUCAGCCAUUCUGGAACACGGUCUCGCAAACCCAGACUUUGUUUAGAGGAAUAUGAGACUGGACAUUCCCCUACUUUCCCCUGUCACAUUGGAAAUUGCAGAAUCCUCCCUGGCGGUCGGUUUGUACAUUGUCUUAUGGAAUCCGAGCCCCUGGCAUUGGCACCCGGGAGGAGAGCCGUGGUUAUGUCAGUGUGGUGGUGACAAAGGUGCCUGACGCUCACACCAUGUUUUGUGUAGGAACGGGUCCUUCUGCCUACACAUGUAUAGCCCCUCCUUUCCCGGGGCAGCUGAAGCCAGGAGUCCCAGGGAUCUAGCAGAUAGGCCUUAGCUCCAGCCUCCCUGCCCAGCCUCGUCCUAGCCUGGGAGCCAAGGGCCAUCCUCUUCCCGAGGGGCGGCAUCUGAGGGGCUGUUAGCCGAGGACAGACAUCUCAGGAGAGGGUGGGCUGCAGCUGUACCCCGUGACAUGAUGCAUUCUUGCUUAUCUUCAUUAAGAAAGGGGCUUUGCAGGUUGUGCCCGCUUUUAUCUGAAAACAAUUAUGAAUUUAUUCCUUAAGUACAAUCAUGGGGAGAAAGAAUUUACUGAUGGAAAAACUUAAGGUUAAUUUUCUGUCUAAUCUUGCUGGUUUCAAGAUUAAAAGAGAGUAUACUUAAUGUUCUGAUAUAUUGAGAGGACUUUAAAAAAUAAAAUUACGUUGGACAGA